CCCGGGUUUACUGCGCAUGAGGAGACAGAGGCGGGCCCGGCGGUGUGAGCAGUGUGUGCGCUGUGGGGACACCGGGGGUGACACCCGGGAAAGCAGGGAGACACCAUGGUCUUUGAGUCCGUGGUGGUGGAUGUGUUGAACCGUUUCCUGGGGGACUAUGUGGUGAAUCUGGACAGCUCGCAGCUCAAGUUGGGGAUAUGGGGCGGUGCCGUAGCAUUGAAGAAUCUGGAAAUAAAAGAAAAUGCACUGAGUCAACUGGAUGUGCCUUUUAAAGUGAAAGCAGGUCACAUUGGCAAGCUUGAUCUUAAGAUUCCUUGGAAAAAUCUAUAUACCCAACCAGUGGAGGCCGUUUUGGAUGGAGUAUACUUACUUAUUGUGCCUAUUGCUAGUAUAAAAUAUGAUGCAGAGAAAGAAGAAAAACAGUUUUUGGAAGCCAGACAGCGGGAACUACUGCGGAUUGAAGAGGCUAAACAGAAAGUGGCUGAUCAGGAAAGGCCAAAAGAAGAAAAGCAGGAUACCUUUGUGGAGAAGUUAGUAACUCAGGUUAUUAAAAAUCUUCAAGUGAAGAUCUCCAACAUUCAUAUCCGAUAUGAAGAUGAUGUCACUAAUUCUGAGUGUCCACUUUCCUUUGGAGUCUCCCUUCAGAACCUCAGUUUACAGACAUCUGAUAAAAAUUGGAAUCCAUGUUUACAUGAUGAAUCUUCCAAGUUGUUUUACAAGAUUGUACGUCUUGACAACCUGUUUGCCUACUGGAAUGUGAAAUCUGAGAUGUACUACCACCGAUCGUACAAUGAAGCUUUGGGUAUUUUGAAGUAUGGUGUGGCUUCUCAGAAUGUCAUCCCUGAAGGUUAUGAUUUUGUGUUCCGUCCGAUCUCAGGAAGAGCAAAGCUCCGUAUGAAUCCACGUUCCGAUUUCGACUUUUCUUCACCAAAAAUAGAUCUGGAUGUUAACCUUCAGGACAUAGCCAUUGAAUUUAAAAAACCACAGUACCACAGUGUCAUGGAACUUCUUGAGUCUAUAGACAUGAUGUCAAGGAAUCUCCCAUAUAGAAAAUUCCGACCAAAUGUUGGUGUUCACGAUAAUGCUAAAAAAUGGUGGAAUUAUGCUAUAACUGGCAUUCUUGAAGUCAAUGUAAAACCACGCGUUCAGAUGUGGUCAUGGAAACAUAUCCGAAAACACCGUCAACAGACGAAAAGAUAUAAAGACUUGUACAGAACCAAGAUAACAUCAAAGAAACCAUCUGAGGACAUUAUUCGCAUGACAGAGGAGUGUGAAGGGACUCUGGAUAUCUUUUGCAUUACUCUAGCACGGCAACAGGCAGAGGUGGAGGCAAACAAAGCUGGACUUAAAAUAUUCAGACCAGGCAUAAAAGAUGAGGACAGUAAUUCAAAGGGAUGGUUUGGUUGGAUGUGGGGCUGGUCUGGAGAAGACCAAGAAAAAAAAGAAGUGGCAAAAUCUGGAAGUAUUGGAGAACUGAUGACUACUGAAGAGAAAUCUAAGUUGUAUGCAGCAAUUGGAUAUAGUGAAACAGCAGUGGACCCAACAUUGCCAAAAACAUAUGAAUCUAUGAUUGUAAGCGUCAAACUGCUGAGCAUGUCCAUUCAGUUACAAGAAGACCGAGGAAAAUCUGAGCUGAUUAAUUUUACCAUAACUGAUUUGAGCACAGUAUUAAAGCAGCGUCCUGGUGCACAGGCAAUUAGAUUUGAAGCUCAGAUAGGCACAUUUGAAAUAACAGGCAUACCGCUUGACAACGUCAUACCCUGCCUGCUCUCUUCACGAAAUGUUGUGGUGGAUAAUAACAUUUCACUGUUGAGUCUUAUGUUUGAAACCAAUCCGCUAGAUGAAAGUGCUGACCAAAGACUGAUAGUGGAUUCUCAGCCUCUGGAAAUAAUAUACGAUGCUAAAACUAUCAACAGUCUAGUGGAUUUUUUCCGUCCACCCAAAGAGGUUCAUCUUGAGCAACUUACCUCUGCCACUUUGAAUAAGUUGGAAGAGUUCAGGGAUAAAACAUCAACAGGUCUACUGUAUGUUAUAGAGACUCAGAAGGUUCUUGACUUGAAAAUAGACCUAAUGGCUUCAUACAUCAUUGUUCCCCAAAAUGGCUUUUAUGAUUUAAACUCAAACUUGCUUAUUUUGGACCUUGGUAGUUUGAAGAUGACCAGUAAGAGUCGCUGUAACCUGCCUCAGUUGAAAAUAGGACAAAACAGCCUUGAAGACAUUAUGUCACGAGCCUAUGAAAGCUUUGAUGUACAGCUUAGCAGCAUGCAGUUGCUCUAUAGCAGACAUUAUGAGAACUGGAAGGAGGCCCGCUCACAAAAGCAUUCGGCACUACAUAUCCUAGAGCCAAUGGACCUCAGAGUGGACUUCAGCCGUGCCAUGGUAGUGACCGAUGCCAGAAUGCCCAAAAUUAAAUUGUUUGGGGAACUGCCUAUACUUUCUGUAAAGAUUUCUGACCAGAAGUUGAAAGGUGUAUUGGAACUAAUUGACAGUAUUCCUAAACCCGAGUCUUCUACUGCACCAUCUGCUUCUCCUAAGAAAGCUCCUAGCCAAAAGUCGCCUCCAAUGACUACACCUCUUCUUGUUGCAAAGCAUCCUGAUUUAGUGGCUCUGCAAUCAAUCAUUGAAUCUGAUUUAGAAUCGGAAUCUGAUGAAUUUUAUGAUGCCCCUACCAGUCCUGUUGAAGAUAUGCCUUUCUUUGACGUCUCUAAUGGCUCACUGACUAAGGUCAACAUCACGAGAAGGAAGAAACUGGCAAAGCAAGAAACUCUAAAAAACCUGACAGAGUUUCAGAUGAGAUUUGAGAUACCAGUUGUAGUUCUGCAGCUGUGUAGCCUGUCUGAAGAUACCGAGACCACUGUCUUGCAAAUGGAGAUUUUGGGGCUUGGCACAGAGCUAAAUGUUCGAACAUUUGAUAUGUCUGCAAAUGCGUUUCUAAGAGAGAUCUCUUUAAAGUGCCCCCAAUAUACAGAUGAUGAAGAGAAACCUGUUUAUCUUAUCACAACUCUGGAUAAUACCACAGAUGAUCUUUUAAUCAUGGAAUAUAUCAAGGCAGAUGUUAAUGGUCCAGAAUUCAAGACAACAUACAAAAAUAUUGAACAAUUAAUACAGGUGAACUUUUCGUCUUUGGAUGUUCAUCUCCACACUGAGGCUCUUUUGAAUACUAUGAGCUUUGUGACCAACCUUAUGCCUCAGUCUGAAAAAAAGGAACCUGAGCAGCCAGUCCAAGAAGUAGUUGAGGAAGAAGAUGAAGAGGAAAAAAGGGAGGGACCAAGAAAGAAACUAACACUUAAAAAAUCUAAAUAUGAUGACGUCAUAAGCCUACAUGUACGUGCGCAAUUGGCAUGCCUUCGUGUUUUCAUUCAAGAACGGGAAUGUAGAAUUUCGGAAAUAAGUAUUGAAGGACUAGAUUCCGAAGUGGUGAUGAAGAAGACAUCAAUGGAUGUGCUGGCAAAAUUAAAAAAUAUUGUCAUCCUCGAUUCUGAUUGCGAUGCCCGAUAUAAAAAGGCUGUUUACAUUACGGGAAAAGAAGUCUUUAGUUUUAAAAUGGUGUCUUACGUUGGUGCUACUGAAGGUGCUUCUUACAGUGAUAUGAACAUAGUGGACAGUGCAAUCACCCUGACAGUGGGGUGCAUACAAGUCAUCUUUGUCAACAAAUUUGUUUCAGCUCUUCUGGCCUUCAUAAACAACUUUCAGGCAGCUAAGGAAGCAUUAACUGAAGCCACAGUCCAUGCCGCGGAAAUAGCUGCCAGUGGCGUAAAAGAGAUGGCCCAGCACAGUUUCCGACUUGCCUUGGACAUUAACAUUAAAGCCCCUGUUGUGAUUGUGCCACAGUCAUCUACAUCUACAAAUGUACUGGUUGCAGAUUUAGGUCUCAUCAACAUAAAGAACCAUUUUUCUAUUGUAGCGCCAAAAAUUCGCAGUAAUCUUCCGCCUGUGAUUGACUGUAUGAUGGUGAAACUGAGUGAUCUCAAGUUAUACAGAACCUUGUUUGAAAAUGGAUCCCUGGUUUCAGAGCUAGAACUGCUCCAGCCAUUAAAUUUGGACAUUACAAUUGAGCGUAAUUUGGCAGCUGCCUGGUACAGUGAUAUUCCAGAUAUUAAAAUAAUUGGAAAUCUCAAGCCGAUGAAUCUUAUUCUUGGGCAGGAAGACUUGACCAUCAUUCUCAGGACAUUGAAUGAAAAUCUAGGAGAUACAUCAGACAAGUCUGAUCCUGAGAAAAAUAAAACUGAAAAUUCAAGCAGUGGCGGAAACAGCCCUUCUCAUGUUGCCUCAGGGACUACAGUGGUGACAGCAGCUGUAGUUGAAACAUACACACCUAUGAAAGUGAAGACAACUUUGAAGUUGGAUUUCCAGUUUGACUCACUCACCUUAAAUUUGUAUAGCUCCAGUCCAAGCUCCCCUCUGACAAACACCAGUGAAAGGGAUAAUAGUUUAAAACUCGCAGAAUUCAAGUUGGGCCUUAUUUCAACAGCUGUCAAAAUGUCCUCUGAUGGAUCCAUGAGUGCCGCAGUUAAACUUACAAACUGUAUGUUGGAUGACAAGAGACAAGCUAUUCAGAAGGCCACUCCACGAAUGAUGGAAAUGAAGCGUGGAACGGAGAAGAAUGUAAUGGUAGAUGUCUGCUACAAGCAAGGCAGAGAAGGCACCCUGAUUGAUGUGACUGUCCGUGACAUCUAUAUGUGUACUAGUGUGGAGUUUCUGUGUACUGUGGCAGACAUUUUCAUUAAAGCUAACGAACAAAGUUCUGCUGCCCUCCGUAGCAGCAAACAAACUUCAACUCCAAGUAAAGAAGCAGCUCUUAAACCACAGGUAUCUAGAAUGGAAAUGAAUGUAGUGGUUAAGAACCCAGAGUUCGUGUUCGUGGCUGAUUUGUCGAGGGCAGAUGCCCCAGCACUGGUGCUUACAACACAGUGUGAACUGUCAAUCAAAAAUGGUCCGGAGCAGCAGCACAUGACCGCUGCCGUAAAAAACUUGCACGUGAAGGCCUGUCCUUUUCUGCCAGACAAAAGAGAUGGCAAGAUCACCACCAUUUUACAGCCAUGUGAUGUGUUUUUCCAAAGUGUUCAGUCUAAUGGUGGUCCGCAGAAUAUUGAACUCUCAAUAAAAUCACUCAUGUUAAAGGUCUCUCCAGUCAUUAUAAAUACAGUGAUCACCAUCACAUCUGCACUGUCCACUUCCAGAAAAGAGUCAAUAAGUGAAGCCACUAGUCCAGUUCCAGCAGAUCUUUGGAAAAAGAAGGAUUUAAAGGAUUUAAAGUUCUGGUUUCUUGAAGAAGAAAAUGAGAAGGAAAACAAAAAUAGUGGCAUUGACCAGAUUGUCUUAACAGGAGAAAAAUUAGAUUUGAGCAUUGACUCAAUUAUCAUAACUCUAGAAGCAGGUGUUGGCCACAGAACACUGCCCAUUCUUCUAGCAAAGUCCUCAUUCAAGGGAAAUGUUAAAAACUGGACCACCCUUAUAAACCUGUACUGCCAACUUGAGCUAGAGGUGCAUUACUACAAUGAAAUAUUUGGUGUAUGGGAACCUUUGCUAGAACCUCUAGAAGUGGAGAGAAGUGAUAACUUUCGACCUUGGAGUCUUGAAGUUAAGAUGAAAAAGAAAUUAAGGAAACAAAUAUGUGAAAUUGAUGGUGAAGAGGAGAACUACAAGAUACCAGACUAUGUUACUGCAAUAAACAUUUUUUCUAAAGACCAGCUAAACAUCACACUGUCCAAAUGUGGGAUUUUAACCCUGACUAACCUAGGACAGGCAUUUGCUGAAGCAGCCAGCAAAACAUCAGAUAUCUUCAAAAAGGAUCAAGCUCCAUUUGUGAUCACAAAUUUGCUGGGCCUCCAUAUUUCUGUCUUUUUUCCAAGUGACUCAUUUACUGCUUUAAAUGUUGAUCCAAGCUUAAAGAGCAUAGAACUGGAUGAUGGGGAGAAUCUUAGCAUGGAUUAUGUCCGUACCAAAGCCCAGACUGAUCAGUUUUCUGCUAUGACCAGUCUUAGCAGCAAACACUUCUACAUGCAGCUCACUCCUUGGAAUCACUCUUCUAGUGACAAAAUUCCUUUAACCAAAGUGGGUCGAAGCCUUUACUGUGUAAGACAUUCCGAUUCGGGAGUUGAGCGAUACAUUGUCUGUCAAAUAGAUUCUGUGGACGGAACAAAAUGUAUAACAAUACGGUCACCAUUACAGAUUAGAAAUCACUUUAUGGUAGCAUUUGAAGUUUAUCAUGAGGACACAUGUUUGGGCACUGCAGAACCAGAAAGUGACUUUAACAUCCCGUUGUCAACUUACAGAUCUACACUGUGCUUCAAACCAGCCCUUGAAGAGUAUGAGAAAUGUGAGGGAAUUGACUUUGAAGAGUUCUUAAAAAAUCAAGGCUCACUGUUGGGGAGAAAAUGUCAGUCCCGUAAAAAUAACGCAGAUUCUUUCAUUGUGAACAUUGUCCCUGUGAUUGACACUCUAAUAUCCUCUGCUUGUACCGAUGAGAGAUGGGAUCUGCCAUAUGUUGUUCAUCUGUGGCCAAGUGUUGUUCUACAUAAUUUGCUUCCUUAUCAAGUAGCAUACUCUCGUGAGGGUGCCGAUAAUGACCGUGUCGAGAUAGAAGAUGGAUGCUCAGUCCAGAUACACAAUGCAGUUGUAGAUGAAACCAAACUGAGAUUGCGAUUAUCCAAUUAUCUUGAUCUCAACUGGGAAGUCAAGUAUCACAUCCAAAGCAAGCAGCCAGACAUUCACUUCAUCACAUUCCUCUGCAUCUCAGAGCUGGAGAAGGCAGAGCUGGACAUUGCUGUCCAUGUCACUUACACUACUGGGCAAACUAUUCUAGCGAUUCAUAGUCCCUAUUGGAUGGUGAACAAGACCGGGAGAAUGCUACAGUAUAAGGCGGAUGAUGUUCACAGAAAGCAUCCCGCUGAUCAUAAGAAACCCCUGCUUUUCUCCUUCAAGCCAAAGAACUUUUUUCAGAAUAACAAGGUACAGCUUAUGAUAACUGACAGUGAAUUGUCUGAUCCCUUUUCCUUGGAUACUGUUGGUAGCCAUGGCUCUGUAAAGUGCAAGAGUAAACAGCUGGAGUACCAGGUUGGUGUCUCCAUUCAUGCCAGCAGUUUCAAUCUCACCAGAAUUGUCACUUUCACUCCAUUUUUUAUGAUUGCCAAUAGAAGCAUUUAUAAGGUGUUUAUCAUUGAAGAGGGCUCCGAGAGAGUUGUUGUAGUUUGCUCAGGACAGUGUGUACCUUUUUGGCCUGAAAACAGCAGUCAUAAAUUGAGUGUUCAGGUUGAAGGCUGUCAGAUACCCCCGAAGAACAUUAAUUUUAAUAAACAAGACAGCUGCACCUUACUUCACCUUGGUGAUAAGCUUGGAGGUAUAUUAUUGGAUGUCACCCCAAAAGACUACUCCACAGUCAUCACUUUCUCAGACUACCUUGCAGGUUCAGCUCCUUUUCUAUUAAUCAACGAUACAAAGUCUGAGAAUAUUGAAUUCUGCCAGAGCUCUGUUAACGGGGAGAACGAUGCCUUGCCUCCAGGAAAAGCAGCAUUAUUUGCAUGGGAGGACCCCACUAGUGAAAGAGCAUUGUACUGGAAAUGUGGAACAAGUGCUGGCACUGUUACUCAGAUAGAGGACAGAGUUGAAUAUCUUAGAAUGGAGAGUAGCAUUGUCUAUUUGGUGUCCUUUCUGGAGGGUUUACAACGAAUUGUGCUUUUUACUGAAGACGAAAAAGUUUUUCAAGUUACCUAUGACAGUGAAAAAGCAGAGCUUGCAGAUCAGGAGGUCACUGUGUCAUUGUCUAACAUUGGAAUUUCAUUAGUAAAUAAUUAUUCCAAGCAAGAAGUCUCCUACAUUGGUAUCACCAGUUCAGAUGUAGUUUGGGAGACAAAAAAGAAGACAAGAUGGAGGCCACUGAGUGUAAAGCAGACAGACACACUAGAAGCAGCUUACAAAGAUUACAGUGAAUCUUCCCCUACAGAUAACAGAAUUGUGGAGUUGGAGGCUAAUUCACAGGUGUGCCUUACACCUACAUUGACUGGCAUGAAAUUCCUACAACCACCUUUGGGACCAGUGAGAAGAAGCUUUCUGCCAGCUUUGAAGGUAGAAUACUCUGCCUCUGCUCAUCAAGCAUCUAUCAGACUACAGGUCUACAGAAUACAGAUACAAAAUCAAAUUCCUGGGGCUAUAUUUCCUUUUGUAUUUUACCCUGUUAAACCACCAAAGUCUGUGACAAUGGACUCAGAACCCAAACCAUUUACUGACGUGAGUAUUGUGAUGAGAACGGCUGGACAUUCUGAAAUAUCACGUAUAAAAUAUUUCAAGGUUUUGAUACAAGAAAUGGAUCUGCGUGUAGAUCUUGGAUUUUUGUACGCCCUUGCUGACCUUUUUACACAGAGCGGAAAAAUGCCUAAAGAUCAAGUUGAGGAGCUUUUCAAAAAAGACAUUGAAUCUAUUCAAGCAGAAUUAAGCACUGUGUCCUCAAUUAGUACCUCUCGACUCAGCCUUUAUGAAGAUUUUCACAUCUCUCCAAUUAAGCUUCAUUUAAGUUUUUCUCUGAGCACUGGUGGAGAUGAUGGGAAUAAAGAACUUCGAGAUAAAGAGCUAAUACCUGUUCAGUCUUUAAACCUUCUGCUGAAGAGCAUUGGUGCCACCUUGACUGAUGUGCAGGAUGUUGUGUUCAAGUUGGCAUUUUUUGAGAUUCGAAAUCAGGUUUAUUCUACACAGGAGCUGCAGUGGGAAGUCAUCAGACAUUACUCGAGACAAGCUAUAAAACAAAUGUAUGUUCUUGUCCUUGGACUGGAUGUCUUGGGGAAUCCUUUUGGCUUAUUUCGUGAUUUGUCUGAAGGGGUCGAAGCAUUCUUCUAUGAACCUUACCAGGGUGCCAUUCAAGGACCGGAGGAGUUUGUUGAGGGAAUGGCGUUGGGAGUAAAGGCUUUAGUGGGGGGAGCUGUUGGUGGCUUAGCUGGAGCAGCAUCCCGAAUCACAAGUGCUAUGGCUAAAGGUGUAGCAGCCAUCACCAUGGAUGAAGAAUAUCAACAAAAGCGGAGAGAAGCCAUGAAUAAGCAGCCAAGUGGCAUCAGGGAAGGUCUUGCACGUGGAGGAAAAGGCCUUGUAUCUGGCUUUGUCAGUGGGAUUACAGGGAUUGUUACAAAACCAAUUAAAGGUGCUCAGAAAGAAGGCGCAGCUGGAUUUUUUAAAGGAAUCGGUAAAGGAUUAGUGGGUGCCGUAACCAGACCAACAGGAGGCAUCAUAGACAUGGCCAGUAGCACGUUUCAGGGAAUCAAGAGAGCUACUGACUCUUCUGAUGAGGUGGAGAGCCUGCGCCCCCCACGAUUUAUUCAUGAAGAUGGCGUUAUAAGACCAUAUAGGCUGAGGGAAGGAACUGGAAGCCAAAUGCUACAGAAAAUUGAAAAUGGAAGAUUUGCCAAAUGUAAAUAUUUUGCACAUGCAAUGGUUAAUAACACGGAUUUAUUAAUGGUGAUGAAAAGUGGAGUCCUGUUUGUUACAAAGGGCACUUUUGGGCAGCUUACUUGUGAAUGGCAGUAUAGCUUUGAUGAGUUUACCAAAGAACCAAUCAUUGUGAAUGGCAGAAGGUUACGUAUUGAAGCAAAGGAACGAGUGAAAUCUGUUUUUCAUGCCAAAGAGUUUGGAAAAAUAAUAAAUUUUAAAACUCCUGAUGAUGCCAAGUGGAUUCUUUCUAAAUUGGAAGAAGUUAGAGAUCUUCAUCGAAAAGAUACAUGAUGAUGACUGGCUACUUCUAUAAACCCCAUUCUGGACUCACAGUUUCAGAACCCAUGUAAACCCUGUAAAGUUUUUUUUUUUCUCUCAAUCUACAACACACACACACACACAUAUAUAUAUAUGUAUACAUACACAGACACAUACAUUGCACAGCUGGUUCUAAUUUAUUUAGCUCUAUGUUCUCCUAUUACUGUAUAUAGAAAUACUGCAAUCUAUAUUCAUGUGUUGUCACUAAUAUUGAACGAUGGACAUACAUCUGUAUUUACCACCGUUUUCACAAAUUGUACAAUGUAAAAUAUAUAAAAAAAAGUGUUAACUAAUUUAAAAAUUAAAAUGUAUUAUUGGGUAGAACACAUAACCUUACUGAUGACGAGCUACAGUCUUGUAGGUUCUGUGCCUGGUUGGGUACUCAGUUGCAAGAAAAAGUAAGUGAACCCCUUGGAAUUUACUGGACUUCUGUAUUGAUAGGUAAUAAAAUGUGUUAACACCCACACGUCACAAAAUUCUCCAACAUGUACCUAGGGAUAGCAUCUUAUAAAUACUUUAUAACUCCUACUAGUACUUAAUAUGAAGAAAUUAAAUAAUAUACACAUAUUACAUUUAUACAUAAUCCCAUCCAGUGAAAAAUAUUACUAGAAGCUGCAAAGAUACAUAAAGACCAUAAUAUUGUACAGUUAAUAGUUACUAACCACUACUAGACAAAUACAUCACUUCAUGCAGCAACCUCAGACCCCGAUGCUGAUUUGUCCCCCAAUGGUGGAACGUCUGCUCGGCCACGUGCUGAGGCAGUGGUUGGCCGAGCGGGCAGUUCAAGCCUGGGAACAGAAAGUGGACAGCAGGAGGAGGCCUGCUGUUUGUGUGUUAUUAGUUUAGUUAGAUUGUGUUUGUCAAUAACUGUGACUUGGAUAACAGACCACAUUUUAUUAGCAAUCAAUGCAGAAAACAGAUCUAUCCAAAGGGUUCACCUACUUGUAUAUAUGAUGUAUAUGCAUAGGACAUCCACAUGAGAGUAAUGAGAAUGCAGGUCUCCAAGCAGUAGAUUGAACAGUCCCACUGAUUGUAUGGUUGUAUUAAUGAAGGUUAAUCAUUAAUUGCACCUUAAUGAACGCCAGACAAAACUCUGGUUACACGUCUAGUGCAUGAGCAAUCCCUUUAGAAGACAAAGAUAUAAGUAGGAUUAACUAAGCUUAGAUACUAAGGAGUCUAUGUAGUCUGUUUUCUCGAGAACAUCUCACCAGCUUAAUGCAGACAGCAUGUUAUUAAUAGUAUCCAGUUCCCAAUCUAGGAAAUUACUGUAUACAUGGUAGGGUGGUGCAGAUAUGCUGAAAUCUAUUAAUUUACUAUUUUUUAACAUAAUAUAUUUUUAGAUCAUUUUGGCCACAUACAAAUUUUGCUGACAAGUGUGACAUGUAGCAGAUUUUGGGAGUCAUGUCAUUUUUACUCAUCUAAUGCAGAAAACACGUACAAUUCUAGUUUUAGAUCAGUUCAUUCCAUUAUCGGUGGAUGUUCUCUGCCGGAACAGCCUUCCGGAUCUGCUUGACGGAGAUGUGAACGAGGGCUUAGAAUGUAUUUUUCUUUGUUUUAACCUCAUCUGCUAUCUGCCUUAAAUCUUGACCUCUAUAUUUACCUGUCAACCAAUAUUAACCGGACAGAAUGAUAUUAAAAAAACCGACCCCCAAGGAGUCAUAAUAAUCACCAAAAAAUGAAGCUGACUUUCGUGUAUAUGAAAAUCCCAAAAACUU